UAUAUAUAUAUAUAAGAAGUACAUGGCUUGAGAAAGGUGAGAAUUGUGUACAUAAGAAUCGAAACAGUUUACAACGGAAAUCAUUCGAGUGUCGGAAUAGAAAGAAAGAGUAUCGUUGCCGUUUUUGACUUGCUUUAUUUCAGUUUUGACACGUAUUACGAUUAUAAUAUACUAGGUAAAUAAUAAUGAAUAACGAAAAUAAAUAAAUAAACAUAGUAAGUGAGUGUCUGUGAUAACAUUUUAAGGUCCUAAUUCGGCGACGAAUUUAAUUAUUAUCGGUUGUACGAUUUCAUUAACAUAAUAAAUAUAAAAUGAGUUGCAGGAGCUCGAGUUCAAGGAAGAAAUUAAACAGCGGAUCGAGUUCAAACUGUCGCUGUAAGGUCAUCAGAGCGGCGGACAGCACAGAACUCUCGACUUCUUACUCCUCUUCGACAUCAUCGUCUUCCUCAGACUCCGAAUGUUCACGGUGCUGUAAUUCAAAUUGCAAUCGUCGAAAGCGUGAUCGUUCAAAUCAUGAUCAUUCAAGUAAUAGUCACCGCACCUGUAGAAGUAUACCCAAAAGACGAAGAAGUAAGACAAACGCAAAGAAACAAAUUGCAUUGUUAUGCAAGAAGAAGAAUUCAAAGAGGAACAAUUCUUCAAAGAGAAAGCUUCGACAUAGGAGAAGAAGUUCGUCGUCAUCUUGGUGCUCGUGUUCGGGUUGCGAUUGUUCGGAGAACUCGGAAGACAGCAACGAUGAGCACGCCGUUACCUCAUCGAGCAAAGGAAGGAAUAAAUCACGUCGUAGAACAAAAUGAUAAUGGAACCGCAUUAAGCUCGCCCUCGUAAACCCAAUUCAUUUGGUCACCAAUCCUGAUUUUAAUAUUUUUGUACAUAACAACGAUUUAUUUAUUAACUUUUUCGUAUUUAUUAAAUUAUACCGAUAAUUAGAAA